AUGUCUCAUGUCGUAUCGCCACCGCCGCGCAACCCGCCGGCGGUGAUGCACUCAAUCCUCGAGAACAUCGGAAAUACACCUUUGGUCCGACUGAACCGCAUUCCACAAUCCAUCGGCGUUUCAUGUGCGGUCUAUGCCAAAUGCGAAUUCUUCAAUGCCGGUGGAAGUGUCAAAGACCGGAUUGCUCUCCGCAUGGUUGAGGCUGCAGAGAAGGAUGGUCGUAUCAAACCUGGUCACAGUGUUCUCAUCGAGCCUACAAGUGGCAACACUGGGAUUGGUCUUGCACUUGUCGGUGCAGUCAAGGGUUAUCGGACCAUCAUCACAUUGCCUGAAAAGAUGAGCAGUGAGAAAGUCAGCGUGCUCAAAGCAUUGGGAGCUGAGAUCAUCCGAACACCGACCAGCGCCGCAUGGGACAGUCCAGAGAGCCACAUUGGCGUGGCGAGGAGGUUAGAGAAGGAAAUCCCGGGAGGUGUCAUUUUGGACCAAUACAGCAACCCCAACAAUCCUGCAGCACAUGAGUUUGGCACUGCCGCGGAAAUUGUUGAGCAGACACAGAACAUCGAAGGUACACUCGCAGCUGUCAUCGCCGGUGCUGGAACCGGAGGAACAAUCACCGGCAUCUCUCGCGGCAUUAGAAAGGCACAUUCGGACAAGGUCAAGAUUGUGGCUGCUGAUCCUCAAGGAUCGAUUUUGGCUGUGCCAGCCACCCUGAACGAUGAAUUCAAAGACAAGCCAUACAAAGUAGAGGGCAUUGGCUAUGAUUUUAUUCCAGAUGUGCUCUCUCAGAAGGAAGUCGAUCUGUGGUACAAAACCAACGAUCGUGAAUCGUUUUACUGGGCGCGACGACUCAUUCGAGAGGAGGGACUGCUCGUCGGUGGCAGUUCUGGAUCUGCCAUGACCGCCGCAGUCAAGGCCAUCAAAGAUCUCAAGCUCGGUCCCAACGACGCUGUCGUCGUGAUACUGCCCGAUAGCAUCCGCAGCUACCUCAGCAAAUUUGUAGAUGACGACUGGCUUUCAGCGAACGAUCUCCUCUCGCCAUCACCGCCAAUCACCGCUCCAUCAACGCCUCCACUCGAGCCGCUAGACGCAAGCGAGUCCAAGCCCGCCCACAACAGCAAACCGUUCUCCCGCGACGAAUACGCCAGCGCUAGAAUCUCCGACCUCCGCCUGAAACCCAUCCAAACGAUCGUCUCCUCAGCAACCGUCGACGAAGCCAUCGAGCUCAUGCGCGACAAAGGCUACGACCAAAUCCCCGUGACGUCCUCCAGCGGCCAACGGCUCGUCGGCCUCGUCACCCUGGGCAACUGUCUCUCCUACCUGUCCUCCGGCCGCGUGAAGAUCUCCAGCCUGGUGCAGGACGUCAUGUUCAACUUCGACCACACGGACGAAGUCAAGCCGCUAGAGAAAUACCCCUCGCAAGCGGACGAGAGCAAAGGGAGCAAGCGCGAAUUCGUCGAAAUCACCCUCGACACGCAUCUUCGCUUCUUGGCGAGGUUCCUGGAGUGGAAUGCGGCGGCGGUCGUGACGGAGCGAUCGGCGGAUAACACCCUCAAGGCUAAAGCUGUGGUCACCAAGGUGGAUCUCUUGGUCUACCUGGUCCGGCAAGGUCGUCAUGCGGAUGAGACAAGAGCUGCGGCGUAG